AUGGCUCGCCAAGCUGACAAUACCGCUAGCAAACGGAUGUACAUGGGCAAAGUGAAGGCGUGGGACAUUUGCAAGCACUACAAGGCGGCGGAGAAGGAGCAGCUAUCCACCGUCAUUGAAGAUGCGAAGCGGAGGAACUUGCCACUGGACCGGGUCACCUUUCGCGGCCAGCCGGUGCACGUCGACCGCAUCGAAAAGUACCUCAAGAAGAAGCGCCGCUUGUUGGCGGAAGAUAAAAGGUCACAGCUCCAAUGCGAGCCUGACUUGUCUCUUCAGUCUCAGCAACAGUCGUCCGAAUCCGCGAGCGGCCCGGACACAGACACCAUGGGCACUUCAUCACGCUCCCGGACGUGCCAGUCGCUAUCGACCACCAGCAAUUCCAACGCAUCCAUCUCUCCUCCUCAGUCACGCUCGGCUUCCGGUGCCACAAUGUCAUUGCCAGAAGACGGAGGAACGCUGUUUGCAGGUCGAUCAGGCGUGCAGACUGUGCCGUACUCCCUACCUCCUGUGACCCCGUUCGACGCCGAACUGCUCUUGAAGCAGAUCAGAGCCUACGCCACCCACACACCCCAUGGACUCGGUGAGCCUCCAUCCUGCAUUCGCUUCUGGUCGUCGAUCCGCUCCGCAAUCUACUUCCUCAAAGUCGGGUCCCCGCACCUCGCCUGGCCCGUACUCAACGCCGCCUGCGCCAACGCCUCCGACCUGCUCCUCGCAGACGCCCGUACUCUCUCGGUGCCCUUCCUCCGGAGCCUUCUCUCGACCCUCGCCCCCGCCAACACGCGCUUCCACCCGGAAGUCCGCGCCGUGCUGCUGCGCUACCUCUCCCGCCGCCUCGCCACAGACCCGUCCAUGCAGCCUCUUUCCGUCAUCUGCGGGCACCUCGCGCACGACGACUCGCACCACGAAGCGUCGCAGCGCGGCCUCAACCUGCUGCUCGACCUCGCGCAGUCUCCGACCCGCCCGGUGGCUUACUGCGCCCAUCAGACCCUCGCCACGCACCUCGCGCUCAUAUCACUCUACCGCCGCGUGGCCGACCUGUCUGCCGCCGAGACGGCCGCGAAGCUGUUGAUCGCACACUGCGAUUUCGCGUUUGGGCCUUCCUCGCUGGAGACGUGCGAUGCCAAGGUCGAGCUGGUCUACAUCUACACCUCACAAGAGCGCUACGACGAAGGUCUGACGCUGUGCCAGGAAGUGCUGGACACACGGGCGCAGAGUCCCGAGGUCGGCGAGUUUCCGGAUAAGAAGGCGUGUUAUGCGAUGGAGAACAUGGCCGAGAUGUAUCACUUCAGGGGCCAGGAAGGGGAUGUGGAUAUGUGUAUUGGGUGGCUCAAGCGGGCGCUGGAGAGGACGUGGCGGUUGAGGGGCAGUGUGCCCACUACGAUACAUAUCAGGGAUAAGUUGUGGGGCAUGCUGGUUACGCUGGGGAGAGUCCUCGAGGCCGAGGACCUGGAAGUGAGGUAUCCUGCUGCUGGGUCUGCAGCUGGGGACGAGGGUUGGGUGGUUGUUGGGGAAGAUAGCUAG